UUAUACAGUCAUGGAUAGUAUUACGAGAUAUCGCCAAAAGGACUGAAGGCAUCUCGAAGGGUAUUUUGAUCAAUUUCUGGCGCUAAAUCACCAACAAAUAUAUGAAAGUGUUCUAAAAGUAUAAUAGUAAUAACAAGUACCGAAGCAAAAACGACCCAAUUUUUUGGGUUAUUUAUCUAGAUUCAGCUUCACGCACAUCUAGAUGCACGUGAAGCUGAAUCUAGAUAAAUAACCCAAAAAAUAGGGUCAUUUUUGCUUGGGUAUCAUAAAAUAAUAUAAUUGAAAUGUCAUCACGUUUUCAUUUCGUUCAGGUAUAUUUUCAUCUGUGUUUGGGUCUGUUUUUCUUGACUGUAGUAUUCGUAUUCUCAGCACUUCUUAACCGUGAUCGCCCACGAUAUUAUAAUAAUGCAAGUACAAUGGGUUUUCGAGGACAUGUAAACGUGGGAUUGGGUUUUCGACCACAACCAAGUAUAUACGAGAAUUUAAUUAGAGUGACAAAUGAUGCAAAAGAACAGCUACGAUUAGCUUCAUCGUUAAAGCUUUUCCGAGAUGACGCGAAUGCAUUCGGUUAUGCUGAAGAAAAACCGUGUGUAUUAUUAAAAUUGAAUAAAAUUUAUGGUUGGAUGCCACAGCCCGGCGCAUUGCCGUUGAAAUUUACGGAAAUGACAGGACUAAAGGUAGACGAUCCAAGUCAACCAGCAAAUGUUUAUGUUACGUGUGGUGGAGCUGCUGAUGCAGAUAAUGAUGUCUUAUCAAAUUUGACUUAUUACUCUCUUCUAGACAAAACUGGUAACUCAGUAUACGGUGGCAUUCCUUAUUAUUACUUUCCUUACAGAAGUGUAAAACAUCAUGUGCAACCGUUUGUGUUAGUUCAAUUUAAUUCUAUUCCGAAAAAUCGUCUAAUAAAUGUUCAAUGUCGUGCAUGGGCUAGGAAUAUUGAACAUGAAACAAAAACUAUGCAGGGAAUGACGGCUCAUACAACCGAACGUUUACAUGGUUAUUGUUUAAGACCAAUUGGCCCGUUACACAAUCUAAGUAGUAAUACUAACAGAUAUGAUGUUUGCCGUGCAACAAGAUCACAUCGUUGCACACUUAGUCAUAUCAAUGGCAGUAUUAUUGCAGUUAAUGAUGGACAAAUAUAA